UAUAUAAAUGUAAAAGAAAAAAAACGAAAAACAAAACUGAAAGAAAAAACACAAAGAUAUAUAGAAAGUUGGAAGGUGAGAUCUAUCUAGCUAGUCCAGAUCUGUGAACAUGGCUUCAAAAUUAUUGAUGAUAAUUGUAUCUAUUCUUGAUAUCAUUGCUUUUGGUUUGGCUGUUGCUGCUGAACAAAGAAGAAGCACUGCUACAAUAAGAAAGGAUGCUGAAGAUGAAUACAACAUGUGUGUUUAUGAUUCCGAUAUUUCAACUGGUUAUGGUGUUGGUGCAUUGUUGCUUCUAUUAGCUAGCCAAGCUCUUAUAAUGGUGGCUAGCCGAUGCUUCUGCUGUGGAAAGGCGUUAAACCCUACUGGUUCACGGGCUUGUGCAGUUAUGCUUUUUAUCUUUUGCUGGAUUACAUUUAUCAUUGCCGAGGCCUGUUUGCUUGCGGGUUCAGUGAGAAAUGGAUACCACACCAAGUACAGGACCAUAUUCAGUGAACAACCUCCAUCUUGUGAGACAGUUAGGAAGGGAGUCUUUGCAGCAGGAGCGGCUUUCGUGUUCUUCACUGGCAUACUCUCCCAAUUCUACUAUGUGUCCUACUCAAAAGCCAGAGGCGCCUUCCAACCAUACAAUGGUGGUGAAGCUGGUGUGGGUAUGGGAACCUAUAAGUAAACCAAACAUCGGUUUUCUGAUGUUUCAGUAUUAACACAAAUAUUUUAGGGAUUGUUUGCACCCAGAUUUAUUGUCUUAGGGAUUAAGUUUGUUGGAUGAGGUUGCGUAUGUGAAGUACUUGUUCCACAUAUUUUUGGUCAUUCGAUGUUAUUGAGAAUUUUAUAUAUUUACAUGUAUGUUUCAUCUUUCAUGAGUAUAAAUGUUAACUGUAAACUUAGUUGUUUUGAGUUGUGAACAUGCACUUAUUCUGUUCU